UUCCUCUUCUUCUUUUUCUUCUAAUAUUGUGUUUUAGUACUAUUGAGUACUGCUAUUAUUGUUUUGAUAUAUAUAUAUAUAUAUAUCUAUAUAUAUAUAUACACUCUUUGAGUAUACUAUAUAUAAAGAUUGUAAGGGUUUUGAUAUAAUAUAUAAUCGGAGCCUUUUACGAUCAACAACAUGCCUGCCGGAGGGUUAUCGGUGGCCUCGGCCGCGACAGAGUUCGAGGCAAAGAUCACGCCUAUCGUCAUCAUCUCAUGCAUUAUGGCCGCCACCGGAGGCCUCAUGUUUGGUUACGACGUCGGUGUUUCAGGGGGCGUUACAUCCAUGCCGUCUUUCUUGAAAAAAUUCUUUCCUGUCGUUUAUAGACAGUCGCAGAAUGAGGAUGAUAGCAACUAUUGCAAAUACGACAACCAAGGCCUACAAUUGUUCACAUCAUCUCUAUACCUAGCUGGUUUAACGGCUACUUUUUUUGCCUCCUACACCACAAGAAGGCUAGGCAGAAGGCUAACCAUGUUGAUCGCCGGAGGUUUCUUCAUCGUCGGCACGGUUUUGAACGCCGCCGCCGACAACCUCGCCAUGCUCAUUCUUGGCAGGAUCUUGCUUGGUUGUGGCGUUGGCUUUGCUAAUCAGGCUGUGCCACUUUUCCUUUCGGAGAUUGCACCCACAAGAAUACGUGGAGGACUAAACAUACUAUUCCAGCUCAAUGUUACCAUUGGAAUUCUCUUUGCAAACCUUGUAAAUUACGGCACUGCCAAGAUUGAAGGUGGAUGGGGAUGGAGGGUUUCACUUGGUUUGGCAGGAAUCCCUGCUGGUCUACUAACCAUAGGAGCUCUCUUGGUUGUGGACACUCCCAACAGUCUGAUAGAGCGAGGUCACAUGGAAGAAGGCAAAGCUGUGCUUAGAAAGAUUCGCGGCACUGACAACGUUGAACCCGAGUUCUUGGAACUGGUCGAGGCUAGCCGCAUUGCUAAGCUAGUCAAACACCCCUUUAGGAACCUCAUUAAGCGCAAGAACCGUCCUCAACUUGUCAUCGCGGUUUCCCUCCAGAUCUUCCAACAAUUCACGGGCAUAAACGCGAUCAUGUUCUACGCACCAGUGUUGUUCAGCACGUUGGGAUUCGGAAGCGACGCUUCUCUAUACUCGGCCGUGAUAACAGGAGCCGUUAAUGUUCUGUCCACGGUUGUGUCGAUCUACUCGGUCGACAAAGUCGGACGUCGCAUGCUGUUGUUGGAGGCUGGGGCUCAGAUGUUCUUGUCCCAAGUGGUCAUAGCAAUAAUCCUAGCAAUAAAGGUGACGGACACAUCUAAUGACCUAGGCAAGGUGUGGGCAAUCCUGGUUGUUGUGUUGAUUUGCACUUAUGUGUCGUCCUUUGCGUGGUCGUGGGGGCCUCUUGGCUGGCUAAUUCCUAGUGAGAUCUUCCCACUCGAGACUCGCUCGGCAGGGCAGAGUGUGACGGUGUGCGUCAACUUGCUCUUCACUUUUGUCAUAGCGCAAUCCUUCCUUUCCAUGCUUUGCCACCUCAAGUAUGGCAUUUUCUUGUUCUUCUCCGGGUGGGUUCUCAUCAUGUCGUUUUUCGUCAUGUUCCUGCUGCCGGAGACGAAGAACAUCCCGAUCGAGGAGAUGACCGAGAGGGUGUGGAAGCAGCAUUGGCUCUGGAAGAGGUAUAUGGAUGGUGACGAUGAUGAUGAUGAGCCUCAAAAGAUUGAUCAAGGGAAUUAUGGAGCUAAUGGUGAUGCCAAGAAGCACAAUCGGCAUAACAAUGGAUUGUAAACUUGUGGAAUAAACUCAAGAAACUUUUUAGAUAUAGAUUAGUUUAAUUACCUAGGCACUUAAUUAAUUUUCAUGAUCUAUCAUUCUCCAGUGUUGUUUUAUCCUCACUGCUGGAGUUUUUUUUUUUUUUUUUUUUUUAAUUUUUCUCCCCUGUUUUUUUCUUUUCUUUUGUGUGAUACUUGAUAAGGCUGGCCAUGUAAUCAAAUUCAGAAGGCUCUGGAAGAGUACUUGUCCGCUGCUAUGUAUCUUUAGUUCAUUUUGAACUUCUUUUUUCUUAAAUUGCAAUAAGAAAUAUUCUUUUGCUUGAAACAAAUUAUAAA